AUGCAUAAAACCUUUAGUAAAAAUGCAGUGCAUAAAGCCUUUAAUAAGAAUGCAGUGCAUAAAGCCUUUAGUAAGAAUGCAGUGCAUAAAGCCUUUAGUAAGAAUGCAGGACAUAAAGCCUUUAAGAAUGCAGUGCAUAAAGCCUUUAGUAAGAAUGCAGUGCAUAAAUCCUUUAGUAAGAAUGCAGUGCAUAAAGCCUUUAGUAAGAAUGCAGUGCAUGAAGCCUUUAGUAAGAAUGCAGUGCAUAAAGCCUUUAGUAAGAAUGCAGUGCAUAAAGCCUUUAGUAAGAAUGCAGUGCAUAAAGCCUUUAAAAAUGCAGUGCAUAAAGCCUUUAGUAAGAAUGCAGUGCAUGAAGCCUUUAGUAAGAAUGCAGUGCAUAAAUCCUUUAGUAAGAAUGCAGUGCAUAAAUCCUUUUGUAAGAAUGCAGUGCAUAAAGCCUUUAGUAAGAAUGCAGUGCAUAAAUCCUUUAGUAAGAAUGCAGUGCAUAAAUCCUUUAGUAAGAAUGCAGUGCAUAAAGCCUUUAGUAAGAAUGCAGGACAUAAAGCCUUUAGUAAGAAUGCAGUGCAUAAAGCCUUUAGUAAGAAUGCAGUGCAUAAAACCUUUAGUAAGAAUGCAGUGCAUAAAGCCUUUAGUAAGAAUGCAGUGCAUAAAGCCUUUAGUAAGAAUGCAGUGCAUAAAGCCUUUAGUAAGAAUGCAGGGCGUAAAGCCUUUAAUAAGAAUGCAGUGCAUAAAGCCUUUAGUAAGAAUGCAGUGCAUAAAGCCUUUAAAAAUGCAGUGCAUAAAGCCUUUAGUAAGAAUGCAGUGCAUAAAGCCUUUAGUAAGAAUGCAGUGCAUACAUCCUUUAGUAAGAAUGCAGUGCAUAAAUCCUUUAGUAAGAAUGCAGUGCAUAAAGCCUUUAGUAAGAAUGCAGUGCAUAAAUCCUUUAGUAAGAAUGCAGUGCAUAAAGCCUUUAGUAAGAAUGCAGUGCAUAAAUCCUUUAGUAAGAAUGCAGUGCAUAAAUCCUUUAGUAAGAAUGCAGUGCAUAAAGCCUUUAGUAAGAAUGCAGUGCAUAAAGCCUUUAAAAAUGCAGUGCAUAAAGCCUUUAGUAAGAAUGCAGUGCAUAAAGCCUUUAGUAAGAAUGCAGUUCAUAAAUCCUUUAGUAAGAAUGCAGUGCAUAAAUCCUUUAGUAAGAAUGCAGUGCAUAAAUCCUUUAGUAAGAAUGCAGUGCAUAAAUCCUUUAGUAAGAAUGCAGUGCAUAAAGCCUUUAGUAAGAAUGCAGUGCAUAAAUCCUUUAGUAAGAAUGCAGUGCAUAAAGCCUUUAGUAAGAAUGCAGUGCAUAAAGCCUUUAGUAAGAAUGCAGUGCAUAAAGCCUUUAAAAAUGCAGUGCAUAAAGCCUUUAGUAAGAAUGCAGUGCAUAAAGCCUUUAGUAAGAAUGCAGUGCAUAAAUCCUUUAGUAAGAAUGCAGUGCAUAAAUCCUUUAGUAAGAAUGCAGUGCAUAAAGCCUUUAGUAAGAAUGCAGUGCAUAAAUCGUUUAGUAAGAAUGCAGUGCAUAAAUCCUUUAGUAAGAAUGCAGUGCAUAAAGCCUUUAGUAAGAAUGCAGGACAUAAAGCCUUUAGUAAGAAUGCAGUGCAUAAAGCCUUUAGUAAGAAUGCAGUGCAUAAAACCUUUAGUAAGAAUGUAGUGCAUAAAGCCUUUAGUAAGAAUGCAGUGCAUAAAACCUUUAGUAAGAAUGCAGUGCAUAAAGCCUUUAGUAAGAAUGCAGUGCAUAAAGCCUUUAGUAAGAAUGCAGUGCAUAAAGCCUUUAGUAAGAAUGCAGUGCGUAAAGCCUUUAGUAAGAAUGCAGUGCGUAAAGCCUUUAGUAAGAAUGCAGUGCGUAAAGCCUUUAGUAAGAAUGCAGUGCAUAAAGCCUUUAGUAAGAAUGCAGUGCAUAAAGCCUUCAGUAAGAAUGCAGUGCAUAAAGCCUUUAGUAAGAAUGCAGGACAUAAAGCCUUUAAGAAUGCAGUGCAUAAAGCCUUUAGUGAGAAUGCAGUGCAUAAAUCCUUUAGUAAGAAUGCAGUGCAUAAAGCCUUUAGUAAGAAUGCAGUGCAUAAAGCCUUUAGUAAGAAUGCAGUGCAUAAAGCCUUUAAAAAUGCAGUGCAUAAAGCCUUUAGUAAGAAUGCAGUGCAUAAAGCCUUUAGUAAGAAUGCAGUUCAUAAAUCCUUUAGUAAGAAUGCAGUGCAUAAAUCCUUUAGUAAGAAUGCAGUGCAUAAAUCCUUUAGUAAGAAUGCAGUGCAUAAAUCCUUUAGUAAGAAUGCAGUGCAUAAAGCCUUUAGUAAGAAUGCAGUGCAUAAAUCCUUUAGUAAGAAUGCAGUGCAUAAAGCCUUUAGUAAGAAUGCAGUGCAUAAAGCCUUUAGUAAGAAUGCAGUGCAUAAAGCCAUUUUUACAUUUUUUACAUUUUUAGUCAUUUAGCAGACGCUCUUAUCCAGAGCGACUUACAGUUAGUGAAUACAUUUUUUUUAUUUUUUAUACUGUCCCCCGUGGGAAUCGAACCCACAACCCUGGCGUUGCAAACGCCAUGCUCUAUCAACUGAGCUACAUCCCUGCCGGCCAUUCCCUCCCCUACCCUGGACGACACUGGGCCAAUUGUGCGCCGCCCAUGAGUCUCCCGGUCGCGGCCGGCUGCGACAGAGCCUGGAUUCGAACCAGGAUCUAGUGGCACAGUUAGCACUGCGAUGCAGUGCCUUAGACCACUGCGCCACUCAAGCCUUUAAAAAUGCAGUGCAUAAAGCCUUUAGUAAGAAUGCAGUGCAUAAAGCCUUUAGUAAGAAUGCAGUGCAUAAAUCCUUUAGUAAGAAUGCAGCGCAUAAAUCCUUUAGUAAGAAUGCAGUGCAUAAAGCCUUUAGUAAGAAUGCAGUGCAUAAAUCGUUUAGUAAGAAUGCAGUGCAUAAAUCCUUUAGUAAGAAUGCAGUGCAUAAAGCCUUUAGUAAGAAUGCAGGACAUAAAGCCUUUAGUAAGAAUGCAGUGCAUAAAGCCUUUAGUAAGAAUGCAGUGCAUAAAACCUUUAGUAAGAAUGCAGUGCAUAAAGCCUUUAGUAAGAAUGCAGUGCAUAAAACCUUUAGUAAGAAUGCAGUGCAUAAAGCCUUUAGUAAGAAUGUAGUGCAUAAAGCCUUUAGUAAGAAUGCAGUGCAUAAAGCCUUUAGUAAGAAUGCAGUGCGUAAAGCCUUUAGUAAGAAUGCAGUGCGUAAAGCCUUUAGUAAGAAUGCAGGACAUAAAGCCUUUAGUAAGAAUGCAGGGUGUAAAGCCUUUAGUAAGAAUGCAGGGUGUAAAGCCUUUAGUAAGAAUGCAGUGCAUAAAGCCUUUAAGAAUGCAGUGCAUAAAGCCUUUAGUAAGAAUGCAGUGCAUAAAGCCUUUAGUAAGAAUGCAGUGCAUAAAGCCUUUAGUAAGAAUGCAGUGCAUAAAGCCUUUAGUAAGAAUGCAGUGCAUAAAUCCUUUAGUAAGAAUGCAGUGCAUAAAGCCUUUAGUAAGAAUGCAGUGCAUAAAUCCUUUAGUAAGAAUGCAGUGCAUAAAGCCUUUAGUAAGAAUGCAGUGCAUAAAGCCUUUAGUAAGAAUGCAGUGCAUAAAGCCUUUAAAAAUGCAGUGCAUAAAGCCUUUAGUAAGAAUGCAGUGCAUAAAGCCUUUAGUAAGAAUGCAGUUCAUAAAUCAUUUAGUAAGAAUGCAGUGCAUAAAUCCUUUAGUAAGAAUGCAGUGCAUAAAUCCUUUAGUAAGAAUGCAGUGCAUAAAUCCUUUAGUAAGAAUGCAGUGCAUAAAGCCUUUAGUAAGAAUGCAGUGCAUAAAUCCUUUAGUAAGAAUGCAGUGCAUAAAGCCUUUAGUAAGAAUGCAGUGCAUAAAGCCUUUAGUAAGAAUGCAGUGCAUAAAGCCUUUAAAAAUGCAGUGCAUAAAGCCUUUAGUAAGAAUGCAGUGCAUAAAGCCUUUAGUAAGAAUGCAGUGCAUAAAUCCUUUAGUAAGAAUGCAGUGCAUAAAUCCUUUAGUAAGAAUGCAGUGCAUAAAGCCUUUAGUAAGAAUGCAGUGCAUAAAUCGUUUAGUAAGAAUGCAGUGCAUAAAUCCUUUAGUAAGAAUGCAGUGCAUAAAGCCUUUAGUAAGAAUGCAGGACAUAAAGCCUUUAGUAAGAAUGCAGUGCAUAAAGCCUUUAGUAAGAAUGCAGUGCAUAAAACCUUUAGUAAGAAUGCAGUGCAUAAAGCCUUUAGUAAGAAUGCAGUGCAUAAAACCUUUAGUAAGAAUGCAGUGCAUAAAGCCUUUAGUAAGAAUGCAGUGCAUAAAGCCUUUAGUAAGAAUGCAGUGCAUAAAGCCUUUAGUAAGAAUGCAGUGCGUAAAGCCUUUAGUAAGAAUGCAGUGCGUAAAGCCUUUAGUAAGAAUGCAGUGCGUAAAGCCUUUAGUAAGAAUGCAGUGCAUAAAGCCUUUAGUAAGAAUGCAGUGCAUAAAGCCUUCAGUAAGAAUGCAGUGCAUAAAGCCUUUAGUAAGAAUGCAGGACAUAA